GCCCGAGGCAGCCCAUUCUACUGGAUACCAUUGAAGUUUCCCACUUUUCAAAUGGAUCACCACCGUUACCUCCCACGAGACUUUCGAACUUUCCGCGAAGGCGAAACUUGCCUUCCCCGACUUUCGUCCCUUUUCCGUAUUUCUCGCCGCUUUUCAAAUAUCCCUCGGUGUGUCAGACCUUGAUAAGGCAGCUGCGCCGCGACGGAAGUUGCUCCUUCAAAGUCCCAAGUAGCGAUAGAAGUACGAAAGCCUUGGGAGCCGUCCUACAGUCGAAAAGAGUGCGGCUGUGCAGAAGUGAACGUGGGGCGAGCCUGAGCAACGGAGGCGGAUUCGAAGCAGCAGCCGAGAGAGCCAAAGGUUUUCGCAGUAAAAGCGACCCGUCAGUGCGCCGCGGGCCGCAAACGCUCAAACCCCAAACCUCUUAUCACGAUCAGCAGCUCGCAUUCCUAGCUUCUGCUCUACGCUGGACUCGCAGCGUCCGUCGCCACUUCUUUUGCCCGCGAUAUCGUUUAACCUUCGGAGUCUAGGGAGACAUUUCACCAGGUGCGAUACAAAUGCUCCUCCUUCAACCUGAUAACCUCCUCGCGGUUCUUUAGUGAAGUUUUUAUGUCGUUCGUUCUACACGCCUCAAACUUCCGUCGCUCGUUCGUUUGCUCUACUCGGUUUUUCUUUUUCUUUUUUUUUCUUUUUUUUCGUUUACUCGGAGACACGUCAAUGAAUGAGAAACAAUUGAAAAUGUAUUGUACUGUCGCAGUAACCUAGUGCUCUCUUUCCCUUACACGCGUUCGUUUUGAACCGAGAGGCUCCUUGUCCCUCAACUUCUUGGAGAUUUAUGCACAGCUAUUAUAUAGCGAAGCAGGAUAAAAAGUGACGAGCUUCCAUUUUCGCAGUUGUAUCACAAAUCGCAAAACUCCAUCGAAAUCGUCUAGGAAAUUAAUGUAGCGCCGCUUGUCUGGUAGCCAACUGCUUAGCCAAACUUUGGCCCCGUAAAAUGACACAGAUUUGCGUCCGUGUCGCGUCGACAACCUGAAGUAAUGAAACGAAAAAUUUCCACUGGUUAAGAAAGUGAGAAAAUUUGUGUGCCAGAAGCGCGAUAGCAAGUUCAGGUACCUGCUGGUAUCAUCCAGUUUACAAUUUCUCCCCAUUGCUCGUCCAUUAACUAGAACGACACUUAAAGAAGAUCUGGCUAGCCCUAAUAUUUCACAUUCAAGCAAAUUACUGUGCCCUAAUAACUGCAUCCCCGUCUGAUAAACUUCAUAAAUUUGAAGGUUUUUGCCGAGGUGGCUCACAACAAUGAAAUUAUUUUGCAAGAGAAAAGAAAAUUAUUUUGCCAGCACGAACCGAGUUUAUUACGGAUUAAAGAUAAUGGACGGGGACAUCGAGGGACGUCAUAAAUCACAGCAUCCAAGUGCACCCAGAUUAUAAUUCAACUGGAAACUCCAAGUGCAUCACUGUGCACUGUCAGCCGAAAUCUCAGCUGAUGAUAAUUUGCCAGUUUUGCCAGUUUUGCCAGUGCGUAAUCUUCGGAGGUGUUGGACAAUGUGUCUUUUUCUCGACAAUGGGGAACGUUAUCGAAAGUUAUGCGAUACUCAUCAUCGAUGUCCGUGUGAAAAGUGUGAUUGUUCGUUUGAUAAAAAAUCAAUAGAAAAAUUCCGUGGAUGUCAUCGAUUCCAUAAGAAGUUUAAGUCACCUGCACGAAAGUUCCCCUUCGCCGAGAGAAGCGUACGGUUACAGGCAGUCUCGGUCCUGGUGAGCGCGUACACGCUGGUGGCGAUAAGCAUAGACCGUUACAUGGCCAUAAUGUGGCCCCUGAAGCCGCGUAUGAGCAAGAAACAAGCGAAGCUGCUGAUCCUGUCGGUGUGGACGAUAGCUUUAAUCACGUCCUUCCCUAUCGCUGUGGUGUCGCGACUCUAUCAGCCGACGGACCGUUACGUAAUGUGCAAUCAGUACGUCUGCCAGGAGGAUUGGCCGUCGACGGAACAAAGAUACUAUUACUCGAUCGCGCUGCUAGUUCUUCAGUAUUUGGUGCCACUCGUGGUCCUCUUGUUCACCUAUACCAGUAUUGCGGUGGUCGUCUGGGGCAAACAGACGCCCGGCGAGGCAGAAAAUACAAGGGAUCAGAGGAUGGCUCGGUCCAAGAGGAAGAUGGUAAAGAUGAUGAUCACUGUGGUGCUGGUAUUCACCAUCUGUUGGCUUCCAUUCAACAUUUUAAUCCUGGCGAUGGACAACGACGAGAGACUCGGGAAUUGGGUCGGACUGCCAUUCGUCUGGACGCUCCUGCAUUGGCUCUCGAUGUCCCAUUCCUGCUACAAUCCUGUAAUCUACUGCUGGAUGAACGCGAGGUUCCGGGCUGGUUUCAUUGCAGCUCUUGGACGACUUCCGGGUCUUCGACGGAUAAUUCCCGCACAGAGACAAAGGACUCGCAACACCAGCAUGGCGGGUAUCGCACUCACGGGUGUAGAUGGUACAACGAAUUCUAUAUUACGUCGCAUGAAUACCUGCACGACGUACAUAAGUGUCCGUCGGAAAACUAACGGGAACCAUUGUCCACCUGCUAGAAGCGCGGGUCUCCGGCAGAGUGAAUUAUCGUCCAGGACAGUGGAGCCGCAAGGCAGAAGCCUCGUGCGACUGGAGUCGCAACCCGAGGAGGAAAUUUGAGUCUUGCUCGGAUUAUUAGUGAUUGAAAAAAAGAAAAAGAGGAAGUAUUAGGAGUCUAAUGGAAAGUCAAAUUCUGUCGCUAGGAGGUACGAAGGACCAGAAUAGAGGAUCCGGCGGCGUGAGCAGGUCGCCGGUGUGUAAAUUUCAUGUAAACGAAAAGGUCUGUCAGCACGAGAGAAAAGUCAUGCGGCUUAUGAAGUUCCCAGUGACGUUCGAUCGCGGCGUUCAGCACAGUUCUGCGGUUUAAGGUUUUACGGGGCUGAAGCUACGUACUUGGACAUUCGAUAUUAUGGAAGCAAAGCUUGAGCCACCUUUUUGUUGUGCUGUAUAUUAAAGUUCUCAUCGUCGUAUAUCAGCUAAGACUGUAAAUAGCUGGCCGCUUCGUGUACACAGAUAAACUGGGUUGUCACGAUUGUUUGUGUAACCUACGACGGACGUGAACGCAUGUAUCACCACGUGCGUAUGGUAAUAUAAUAAACUGUUUUUACAAAAUGCCAUGAGGGACUUUUAUGAGCGCUCUUACGAACCACAGAUACGCAAAAUGCUUAUUAAAGUCUACGUCUGGCUAAAAAAUAUUUUUAGCGUUGUGCCUGAGUUGCGUCUGCGUAUUCGACUGAUAGGAUACUUCUGUCGAUCGUUGCUCUUUGAUGACACAUCUGGUCUUAUGGUUUAUUGCGAACGAGAAAUGGCCGCUACUCGGUUCAACACACUGGCCUACUUAACUAGCAUCCCUUUUAGGCUUUUCAGGUUCAAACCACUCUGGGUCAGUGCGAAGGUCUCCGGCUAAAUGAGACUCGUCCAUCUCUUCGGUGUCAGC